GGAGAGAGAGUGAGAGUGUGUAACGAGGCAAGCAAGCAACAGGGACCUACCACACACACAAACACAGUGCUCUCUGAGGUGAAAUUGCACAUGUUUUUGUCACCCCAGAGCAGACGGACUGGGUUGAUGAAUGAGCAGUAGUGAGUUAUGUACAGCUGGGUGUACUGGACAGCAGAGACUGUGUUGCUAAUAACCCUCAAAGUGUUUUUAACACCACUUUGAAGUUUUCUCUCUGGAUUUGCUGCUGCGGGGGACCAAUUUUAUACCCUUUAAGGAGAAAAGAAGAAGGAAGGCCAAAGGCUAAAAAAAUUGGACCAUCUCCAACUCCCCUUGGACUUUUUUUCAUUCUCUGUCUACUCCUGAGGGAAGCACGUGUGAGGAGGACUGAGGGAUUGAAUGCCAAGCCGUAUUCUCUGAAGAAAAUCCCAGCUAUUAUGGGACUUCCACUUUACUCAACUAUCGAAAUACUAUGAGGAAGAUCCAUUGCUCAGUGUGAGAGAAAGAGCAAGAAAGAGGGUGAUAAAGAACUCUACCAUCCACCUCUACCCAAGGGUUCCCUCCCUCCCCCAGCUUCAAUCACCCCUCCUCUCUGCCUCUCUCUCCUUUGCCCCCUGCAUCCCCCUCCUCCCCCCCACAGAGCAGAAAGCGUGAAAAAUCUCACUAAUGGGUUUAUUUGCUGUCAGAUCUGUGCCGAUCUGUCAUUCCCCGGGACCACAUUUCAUAGUUGAGUAAGCCGCCUGGCUUUCUGGCUAGAGUUAGCUGUGCUCCAGCUCCUGCAACACACUGCUGUCUUGCUCAAAGAUCAUCAGGAAGAGAGCAGUAGCAGGCAGCCAAACCAGGAGUCAGAGUUGUUGUAGUCCUCCAGUUUGAGGUCCAAUCAUCUUGGUUGGAGUCCUUGCAUUUUUGAAACCGGGCAAUAACUUUAUUCUUCCUAAUCGUUGGACAGUUUGGACAGACCACUGGGCCAGUUGAUCGAAGUUUCAGGGAUCUUUGGGUUGAUUUAGUGUUUGUUGAAGAUGUGGUGUGGGCCGCUGGCCGUGCUGGCUGUGGUGUUCUGGACCCAGUUUGUUCUGCUGGAAGGGGUGGAUGCCAAGAAGGAGCGGAAGAGGACGCAGGAGACCCCCCCACAGCACACAGAGGCAUACAACACUACCCUCUCCAACAGCGAAGAGGUCGGCGGGAGCACCAAGAAUCCUGACAACCAGAGAGUGGAUCCCCUGGGAUCAUGGAUGGACUUUGUGAAACGACCUGUAGGCAACUUCCCUGGGAAGUGCCGCAAACGCAAAAGGCCACUGCCCGGGCCACCAGGUCCUCCUGGCCCCCCAGGCCCCCAGGGACCACCUGGAUCUCCCGGGGCAGAGGUCACCCAGGAAGUCCUCCUCCAGGAGUUCAAAAAGAUGAUAAAAGAAGCUACAGAGAGGAGAACUGCUGCAGUGGAUAGGCAGACCAGUACCAGUCCUAGUCAGAUACCCACGGCCCACAUCACCCUGGAAGGAAUGACCUCUUACAGGAGGAUAGAGGAAGCCUUCCACUGUAAACUCAAAGGACCUGUGGUUAUCGACAAGAAGACACUGAUGGAGUUACAGAACUUUCAGACGCCUCUUGCUAAAGGUGCCUUCCUCAGAGGGACAGGAAUGGACCAAUCCACAGGACGAUUCACGGCUCCCGUCACAGGGAUCUACCAGUUCUCUGCUAAUGUUCAUAUCGACCACAAUGAGGUGAAGAGGAGUAAGAGUCAGCUGAGAGCCAGGGACAAUGUGCGAGUGCUGAUCUGCAUCGAAUCCCUGUGUCAUCGAUAUACGUCAUUAGAGAUGAUUGUUGGAUUGGAAAGUAACAGCAAGAUCUUCACAGUGAAUGUGCAAGGGUUACUAGAGCUACAGGUUGGACAGUACACCUCAAUAUUUGUGGACAAUGGAGCUGGGGCAUCCAUCAUAAUACAGAAUGGCUCUGACUUCAUGGGCAUGUUGCUGGGUGUAUAGCCUUACGUCCUGGCCUUGGAGCUGGGGGUAUACCUUACCUCUUCCCAUUGGACACCAGGGCCCUGGCCACGCAAGGCAUCUGUAUCUAAUUGGACUACUAACAGAUGCUUCUGGCCUAUCACCAUCCAUGGAGGAGAAAGGACAGUUUUGAAAGCUUUAGGACUGUGUCUCUCCACAGACACCAUGAAAGCAAGCACUCCCAUGGGCCAAGAAAGACAUUAAGUACAUUCCAACAGACAAAUCCUAAUAGACAAGACUUCAAAUCACUCAAUGAAAUGUUUUUAUUUGAAAGGUUUUUAUGUCAAUCUAUUCAUUUGUAUGGCAGUAAGUAAGUACAGUACAUAGACCUGUGAGUGUGUAUAUACACUGGAUGAUGCAAAGAUGCUCAGAUGCAUUGUACGAGAUGCAUGAGAGCAACAUUAGUUCCGGUUUUGGGGUUUUCGUCACUGGUUAUUUGGACUUAUCAGGAUUGGGCGAAGGCGGUGCUUAAACUGUUUCGCCUCGAGUGCUUCGUGCGUGUGCCCACAUGGAU